CGGAGCGCGCGCCCUCCCCCUCAGCUUCCGGCCGCCAAUCAGCGCUCGGUGGCGGGAAGGGGUGUGGCCUGCGUAGCCUCGCUCUCAUUCUCGCUUCUCCCGCCGACGUCGAGGCAGCAGCAGCUCCGCCGCGCUCCGCUCCGACCCAUCCCGGUGACUUCAGUCAUGGCAUCUGACGAAGGCAAGCUCUUCAUCGGAGGACUCAGCUUCGACACCAAUGAGCAGAACCUGGAGCAGCUUUUCUCCCCGUAUGGUGACAUAGCAGAAGUGGUGGUAGUGAAGGACCGGGAGACCCAGAGAUCCAGAGGCUUUGGCUUCAUCACCUACCGCCGUCCGGAGGAUGCCAAGGACGCCAUGAGAGCUAUGAAUGGGGAGUCCGUGGACGGGCGCCAGAUCCGAGUUGACCAGGCUGGGAAAUCAUCUCGUGGCUCUUCAGGGGGCAGAGGCCGUGGUGGCUUCUCAAGAGGAGGCGGGGACCGAGGCUAUGGUGGCGGCCGUUACGAUAACCGAAGUGGAGGCUACGGCGGGUCCAGGGAUUACUAUGGCAGCAGGAAUCAGGGAGGCUAUGGGGACCGCUACUCCGGAGGCUCCUAUAGAGACAGCUACGACAACUAGGCCCGGCAAUGAACAACAGCCCUUCCCGAACUGAGAUCGUCCUUCCAAUGGCCGUAUUUAUAAAGAUUUUUGAAGCUUCGCUGAAUCUUACUGUUUAGUUACAUCUGCCUGUACUUUUCCCUUUUGUAGCCUGGUCACAUGCAGCCCCGAGAGGGGAGGCCCGUUCCAGGGGCCCCCCCUCCCUUCCACCUCCCCUUCCUCCCCCCGCAAAGCAAAGAUCAGGCUGGUUUCACGAGUUCUUAAGCAUUUGGGGAUCUGUUUAUUCUUUUCAAUUCGGCUUCUUUUAAUUGGCCAGAAUGGGAGGUGGGGCCUGCCUCUGACCCGCGGAGCGUGAGCUGUGGAGGGGUUUUCACUUUUUUUUUAUAACACCUUUGUAGUUUUGUAAAUUUUCUUUAGCAUGUAGGAAGGGGAGAGGCAAAUCUCUCAGGUAGAACAAAGGGAGACUCACGACUCGUGUGCAAAAGGUAUUUUUCCUGCGAGAUGUAACCGAGCCCGAGCUUAGAUUUGCAAAAACUUUCCGCGAGAGGUUCUCGAAAAUGUUUGUUUAUAUCGUCCCUUUUUUUUACUGGAAGAAGCGCUCAUAAUUCCAUUGAUACUGUGUUUUUUGAAGUGGUGAAGGAAUUCCUGUAUUCAGUUCUUCGGCUUUACGGAGCCUAUUAAAGACAGUCCGAAACAAA